AUGGAGGUCGCAACUCGACAGGUUGGCAAACUCACCGCUCACGACAAGACUCAUUCAUCACCACGCGCGCGACAUCCCAAGCCUAAGCACUUAUCGGAGAAACGAAAGGCGCAUAUACGUGAAAUCGGACGUCGUCUCACGCAGAGCUAUAUGCUCAAACAUGAACCUUGGAGUGGCCUUCACCUUUCAGCCGAAUACAUCCAUAGCCCAUUCAGCAGUCCUCCCGUCCUCUUCUUCGGUAUCGGGUUCAAAACGACUGUCGAGGACUUGCUCCCGCUUUCCCACAGCUUAGACGCUCCCAAACCCUAUGACGAGAGCCAUCGCGACUACGUUGAGGGCCUCUUUAUGGGUAUCUGGUCCACCGUGCGCACAAAGUUCGAGCCCCAGUCGAACUGGCCUCUCAUGACUCGGGAAGUCAGGUCUUCCGAAGCUGACCGGGUUAUCACUCUCGAAGACAACAAGUUACGCUUUCUGAUGGGAAGCUCUCCUACGGAUGACCCGAAUUGUUGGGACUCUCUCGACUGGAGACCUUUGGAGGGAGCAGCGCAGAAGCUUCAGGAAGUGACGGGGAGGACAUCUCCUUCAAAUCGAGAGGAGGUAAAGAGCGUAGUGACACUAGCAUUCGAACAAAACAAGACGCUCAAAGAGUACAUGUUCGAGCAUGAGCCGUGGUGUGACCCUCGCUCUUACAAACAGUUCCCCCGCAUCAACGAUAUCAACUGCGAUUUUCCACUCCUCUUCUUUGGUAUCGCGUUCGAGGAUACCGACGAAGACGUGCUGUCGGUCGCGCGUACCCUCGAGUCCCCGUGUGCUCUAGCUGAGUGCUACGACGGAGGCGUUGAGUACCUCCUCGCGGAUGUUUGCGAAACCCUCAGCGACAAGCUCCAUAGCUCAAACGAGGUGAAGAUCCGCUGGCCCCUCCAGGUUUGGAGUGUCGACUCAAAAAGUGAGGCGGAGAGGAUUAUCAUUAUCGCUGACAACACGAUGCCGCACAAGCGACUUCGGCACUUGAAGAAGGUGGGGAAGGAGGCAUCGAGGCUGACGGGCAGAGAACCGAAGUGGUAUAUAGCGAGCAGCCUUCACAACGACUGGGACGAAGGACAGUUUGAUCUCUGCCGCAUGACAUGGGUCAAACGAUAG